CACAGAGCAAGUGACUCAGUUGUAUAUGAACUGAGGGACGAGGAACGUCCGCGACUUUCUCCCGUACGGAAUUAACGCAAUCUCGCUCUUUUCCCCCGAUUUGGUCGUUUGAAUCGAUUAUGAGAGUGCUGUGAAUCGAAAUUGAAUAGCUAUGAAGCCUUUCAUGAAAAAAUACCCUAGCGGGAGUUCAAUUAUCGUUCUGUUUUGUGUGGUUGGACUGGUUUUCGGUGUUGUACCGUCAGUAGCGCAUAAUCCUCCUGGCCAGCUUUAUACAACAGUAGGGAAAUAUGACAGCGAAAAAGCCCAGAGAUUUUUCUCAGAUUCCUUUCAUACCGUCAGAAUGUUGGGAUCCCUCUCCUCUCCAUUUGAGAGUUUCAGAAGUUGUGUUGUUGUCGAUGAAUUAUGCUUGGUGCCAGAGGAGGUGCCUAAUUAUGAGGCCAUCAAGACCUUGCAUUCCCAGCUGGACGAUGACAGAAGUGGGGACAUUGAUGUCACUGAAUCCGUUGAUUUUUUGAAAGAGGAGCUCCAGUAUGCAAAGGGGUAUGAAAAACGUCAAAAAGUUUUCCACUACAACAAUGAUCAAUAUAUAUCCGUACGGGAACUGUGGAGUAUAUGGAAAAAGUCUGAGGUUCACAACUGGACAGUGGAACAGACAGUUGCUUGGUUAGCAGAGACUGUGGAGCUUAAGCAGUAUGCGCAAAAAUUCUAUGAAAAUGCUGUCAAUGGAUCUGUACUUCCACGUACCAUUCUCAGCGUGAUUACCUCUGGUUCGGAAAGAAGAGAUUCAAGGUACAUGUUAGAAAGGCUUGCAGCAAAUAAUGAACAGUUUCUCACCAAAGUUUUGGGAAUCCGAGAUCCAAAGCAUCGCUCAAAAAUUACCAUCAAGGCAAUGGAUGUUGUCUUAUUUGGUCCUCCAAAAGAAUCAGGGAGUCACGUGAAAGACCUGGUACUUGUGACUUUGCUUACGCUAGCACUGAUAGGAUGCUUCAAGGCAUAUCAGCGUAAUCGGGAAUAUGAGAAACAACUUAGCGACAUGUUGACAGACAUGGAAAAGCUAAGGGAAGCAGAAGAAAACCUUCAACAGUUAGAGCUUCGCAUGAAUUCUGAUGUUGCAACUCCAGAAGCAGACCUUGUUGUAGAAAAUAAUAGUAGACAGGCUGAGGAGUUACAGCAACUGAAAAUCCAACUUGAACAAGAACGAGAGAAAUAUGAGCAGAUGAAGGAACAAAUGCAACGAGGACUUGAAGAGGCUGAAAUGGAGGAUCAUCACUGGUCUGCUCCUUUAGAGUUACAACAUUGGUUGCAGUUAACUUAUGAGCGUGAGCGAAUUGCAUUUGAAAAAAAGCAGAUUGCUGCCCGUGAACAAUUUGCACAAGCCAGAGAAAUGUGCGAGAAAUUGAAUCAUCAGCGUCGAAGUUUGAUGGGAGUUUUAGCAUCUGUACACGGAAAGAUGGAUAAUGUGGACCAGUCUAUCAGUAGAGCAAGAACAAUUCUUGAAGAAGUUACACAGGAGUUAGGUGAGAAGAAUCAGCGCUGGAAACAUAUUGAAAUAUUAGCUGGCUGUAGCAUCACAACAAAUGCUGGACUACACACACUGGAGCUGAUGCUUCGCCCACAGCUGAAUGGUCGUCCUCACUCUACCUAUGCUCCUAGUAUAGGGUGUUCAUCACGUUUGAGUGCAAGUAUUGAUGACAUUGAUGAUGAAACCCUGUCCCUCUACACCCAAACUACUGCAUUAAGUCCGCAAACUGAAGAAGAAACAUUUCGUCGAGUUUCCAGCACUGGUAGCAUACAUCAUUUAAUAAGAAGAGAGCGGGAAUGUUCAAAGAUUCAAAUGAUUCCUCAAAUGAAGAUCAUUAAUCUCCACACAUCUGAAACAGCAAGCUUCAUCAUGGAGGCAGAUUUAUUGAGUUAUAAACCCUAUAGCACACAAGGACUAAAGGACUUUGCAAAAACAAAAGCCUUUAGUACUGCAUAUAGAUUUUAUGCAAGGUACAUGGUGGGAAUGCUUUUUGGGCCGCUGACUCUGAACUCCAUGAGUAGUACUGCAUCUCCAUCACAGGUGAGUUCUAGACUUACUUCACCCAGGCCUUCCAUAGAUUCCAAUAUGGCAACUAAUGGAAUAAUGAUUUCAACUACUCCAAAGCGCAGUCCUAUGUUAAAGUCCUUAAGUCAGGAUGUUAACAACAGCCUUAAACCAGAUGUGAAAUUGAAGGAAAUAUCAGUAAGUGAACCAGCUUUAGGUAGCCCAAAGACUAAUUCAGUCCGUAGCAGGAAGACAGGCACAUCCCCUUCAGAGGAGGGUAACUCUUCUGAUUCUUCAGAACGUCCACCAAGCACCGACUCAAGAAAAAAGAGUAAAAAUUGGUUUAGAAAUGGGAUUACAGGAAGUUUGAAAUUAGGAAGAAGUAAGAAACAGAAAGAUAUAAUUUCAGAAAAAGAACCAAUAAAAGAAAUUCCCAAAAUUUAAUGUGGUAAAAAGUGCAUCACUUCUGUAACGAAGUAUUUAAGCUAGUUUUCUCGUAUGCACAAUUACUCAUAACUCUCAACCACCUCAUGUGAUAUGUAUUUAAAUAGUAUAUGAUCAUUUUCUGUAUUUCCUUAAUUUUUUUUUCUACCUCACCAGUAUUAUAACUGAUGUAGUGUACUUAUUUCUUGAUAAAUUCUAUAAAGAUCAAUCUUGAUACCUUAGUGGUUGUAUGUGCAAGAUGGUGAUUACUGAUGGAAAAAUGGUGGUUUUCUCAUUCCACUUUGCUCGAGUGUAAGACUUUUGACAGUUGCAAUAUUAAUCUACCUAGUACAGUAAUAUUUUUAUCAUUACAAAGUAUUCUUAGUCAUUUUAUCCUUAACCCUAACUGUCAUAGUUCUAAUAUCAUUCAUAUUUUGACAGUUUGUAUAUAAAGAUAUGUUUAGUGUUCCAUUAAUUUCUGUGCUAAUUUGUUAUUUUUAUUCCCCAUUUUAUUUAUACAUUACUUGUAAUUUGUUGUCAUAGGCCUCUUCCACAUAAAGUUAUGGUACACAAGCAUAAAAUUGUGUGUAUUUCUCGACUGCAAUAGUAUUUGUAAAUAUAAGUUUAUGACGGAAAAAGGAGAGAAUAUACAUUGAAUAGGAUUAAGUGAUAUUGUGACCUAUCGGGCUUUCAGCUAAAAAGUAGUGAUUCGAUACAUAAGUGUACAGUAUCAGGAUUUUGAUUUUUUACUUAGUAAAAGUACAUUAAAAUACCAGUUCAUACACAACACACCAACAGUUAUAUUCUCAGAACAGAUUCACUCAUAAUUAAACUUAAAUUUUUUAAUUUAAUGAAUGAAAAAAUUAAUUUUUUAUUUAAUGAAUGAAAAAAUUCAAGGUAGGUGUUUUGGUAUUGUUAUUUCUGUUAGCUAUAAGCUGUUUCCAUUUUUCUUGUAAUUUAUGAUAGCUCUUCAUUAUUCACAUUUUCUUGUAAAUUAUUCCAGUUUUCCAAAUAUUUUACUGUACCUUUGGGAAGUUUCAGACUUCUAGUAGACAACAAGUGAAAUUGCCCACAUGCCUUUUGUAAAUUUUUAAAAGGCCUUAAAGAGCAACACUGUAUUUCUGUAAACUGUCUUUAAGUCUGUCUGAGUAUAGAGAGCAUUUUAGCCUACUAGUGUCCUGUGUCCUACAUCAAGCAUUUUGGUGAUACAUUUUUAAAUGGGCAUAUGAUAAGUUCUGUGAUUCUGAAGUGUUGCACUGUGCAUUUCAUAUUAGUAAAGCCAAAGGCAUUAUAUUAUAUAGAGCAUACUGUAAAUAAUACAGUUGGUCAAAGGUGCAGUUUUUCUUUAGUCUUUUUUGGUAAUUUCCAGAAAUAUUGUUCCUACGUCUCCCAAAUAGGAUCCUUGGUUAUGUUUAACUGAGCCAUGGUUGGCUAAUUAGAAUUAAUUUUUCUUCAGUUCAUUUACAAAUUUCAUAAAAUGUCUUGCAAUACUGUACAGUUUUAUAAAGUAUAAACAGUGUGACUGGUGACUAUGGUAGGAUUUCUAGUGUUUCAUCAGUUUUUCUUUGUGUGAUUUACAAGAAUGUACCAAAAUAUUUAAAAAGUCACAUUAAGAAUGUUAUGAAUUUGUGUUGCCCUUCACAUGAAUAGCCCUGGUGGCUUGAUACUUUUUACUCAGUUUUUCCCUCAAUUUAAAUGGCAUUCAUUGGUAUAUGUAUUUCCAACAUUUUUAUUUCUUCAUAUUAUUUUAUUAAAAAUCAUGUGAUGUAUUUUUAAUUUUCAUAUUGUAGAGUAGUUAUAGAUAGGUGGAUAGGCUUGUUACAACAUGUGCGUAAGUAGAGUUAGAUGAUUUUUGUCAGUAAAACAAAAGUCUAAUCCAUGUCCACAUAGUAGUGGGAGGUGUAGAAACUGAACUGAUGUACUUAGAUGGCUGUGUGUGUGUUUGCAGAUAUGAAUAAAAUCAGUGUUAAUUUGUACUUAACUUCUGUCACAGGAAGUUCCGGUCAUGGAGCAUCUACUGUGAAAUGCCUUUUAACAACUUCUGCAUUCAUAAUGUAUUCCUUAAUGUUGAAACAUUUUAUGGGUAUUCUUAACACCCAACUCAGAAAGGCGUAUAGUUGUUAGUAUUUCUGCUAAUGUAUAUUUAAUUUGCAUAAAUUUUCAGAAAAGAGUAUUCCACUUUGGUUAUAAUUUUUUUUUUUUUUUUUUAGAAAUUUUAGUCUAAAAUACAUUUAUGAUUUUCUACUAUGGCUUCAUCAUCAGUUAUGAAUAUUGAAAUGUCAUUGUUCUGCAAGUUUUGUUUUGGUUCUGGCUUUAUUGAUAUGGCUUUGAACAGAAAAAAAUUGUAAAUGUAUUUUAAGGCUAUAGAAUGUAUAAAACCAACAUUUUGAAUUGUUGUAUAAAAUCUAAUGUGUAUGCCAUCUAAUAUCACUGGAAUGUAAGUGAUCCUAGUUUGUGGAUGAUAUCUUCACCUCCAAAGUUCAAUUUUUCCUUUGAAUAUUUGAGGGCAGAUUGAAUUAGUUAUUGAAUGAAAAAAAGAUGAAGGUAACACUGACAUUCAAAGUAUAUGUUAACAUCUUUAAUAUCUAAUAACUUAGAGUUACCUCACUUAUUCCUUAUGAGUGCAUAUCACACUAUUACUACUAUGUUUUAGGAAUACAAUAAUGUAGUUAGAAUGAAAAUAUAAAGUUAGAAAAAAGUUAUUUUUUUACAAUGACUUCUGGCUUGCACCUUCCCAUCCUUAACUAUGACAUUUCUUUUGAGACUUAAGUACAGUGAAUGAUACUUUGCAGCAUAUAUAAUGGACUUGGUAUAUUUAUAUAGAUAUUCUCCUGUAAAAAAAUAUAUUUGAAUGACUAAAAAGAGAGUAGUAUUGUACAUUUACUGAGGGAAAGUUUCUCCCAGAUGAAAGUUUUUGUCAACAUAAAAUAUUUAUGAUCCAUGAGUAGAGAUGUACAGUAUUUUGACUUUUUUGCCAGUUUUCUUGCAAUAAGAAUAAAAAAUUAAACCCAUUUUCAUCAUGUUCCCUGUGUACUAAUUUUAUCGUGUUCCCUGUGUAUGACCCUGAUUUUGGGUUUAAGAAAAGGAAUAAUUGAUGAUCAUGUAAAAAAUAAGAAUAACCAGUCAUAGUUGACUGUAUGCCAUUAUUUUUUUCAAAUUGUUAUGAAUAGCUUUGUUUACUGGUACAAAAAUCAUAGGUUUGCACAGAAUAUUUUCCAAAUGGACAUGGAUAUUAUUUAUUAAUUACAAAUAAUAUUUGAACUGCUGAGUUGGUAUCAUCACUAAUGGCACACAUGGUCAUGGAAAUUGGCAGAUUUAAUAGGGCACAUGACUAUAAUUUUAUAUCUUCAUAUAAUUGCUAAUCCAGAAAUUACUGCUGUUCUACAGAAGUAAUGUCUGGACAUUGUACAUUUUUCUGCCAAACACUGUACGUACUGAUUUUUAAUUAUUGUAGAUAUCAUAUUUAUGAAAGUUAAUUACAGUACACAGUUAUUUCAAAGCCCAGUCAUUUCUAAAAUGCUUCUCUUGAAUUACAUGAUCUGCCCUUGUGAUGUGUGUAAGUGAAUCAAGUUUUGUAUGACUGACUGAAAAUAUUAGUGUACUUAUGCAAAACAAAUGUUUACCACAAUGUAGUAUGCUUGCAAGUAGUUACAGAAUGUAUGACCAAGCAUUUGGGACUUUGAGCUUCAGAUUUUGUAAACAGAAAAUUUUAAAAUUAUAUUGGAAACAUUAAAUUCAGGGACAAAAUUACAAUCUGCAAUUGUUACGUCAAUAAAGAUGUUUUUACUUUUGUAACAUGAGAAUUACUUUGUUAUUACAAAUUAUUGUUACCUUGACAAAUAAAGGAUGAAAGAAA